AUGAUUCUGCAAUAUUAUGAUGUCAUGCUUUAUGAAGAGGACGUACAUUUUCUUUAUGAUGAUCAAUGGCUCAAUGAUACUUGCAUCGAGUUCUAUAUGGAAUAUUUAGAACGUACGAAACUUCUAUCAACUAGAGGUUCAUCCAUUCUCCAGGUAUUCUUAUUACGUCCAGCCAUUACCUUUCUAAUUACCAUCGCACCAGAUGAAUCAGACCUAUCCUCAGCUAUACCAGCUCAGCUAGCUGGAUCGGAUGUCAUAUUCUCGCCCGUCAAUAAUAAUACCAAUCCUGAACUUGCGGGAGGAGGAUCGCACUGGUCAUUAUUAGUAUAUGCAAAGUCGGUCAAUAAGUUUCUCCAUUACGAUUCUGCCGGACCAAUGAACAUGUCAUAUGCUAGAAGGACAGCAAAGAAAGUAGCAAAGAGAAUUGGAAUCAAAGAUUAUGAAGUGAUUGGGAUGCACACUCCACAGCAAGAAAACGGAUCAGACUGCGGUGUAUAUGUAGUUGCAAUAACAGACCACUUGACUCGGCGGCUUCUUAAUAUUAAUCCGGAAGCAUUCUCUCCGCUGACUGAUUUAAUUCUCGCACCAAAUGAUAUUCCGCCUGCUUCUUUCACAAGGAAGAUGAUGCGAUCCCUAGUGGCCGAGUUGGUUAAGAAGAGUAGAGUGUAUGAAUGA